AUGAUAGGUCGCCACAGAAAGGAACUGCAAGAGGGGGUGUGUCUCGUGAGGUCCACAUCAGUUUCAGUAGUGAUCUCUGCAUCGCCGCAUCAUUAUCGCCACCAUGAACGCUCUACUUGUAUUAGCGAUCCUCAGUCUGGCAAUGCCCAUUUACGGCGAGGAAAAGGCAGAGGUAGAGAAAAACAGGACAAACGAGGCGUAGUGGGUUUGGGAUAUGGCGGAUACGCAGGAUUAGGAAACGCCGUCGUGGGAUCGGGUUAUGCAGGUUACGGGCAGGGUUACAUCGGCGGCGCGACCUACUCCGCGGGUUACGGCAUCGCCGCCGCACCCGCCGCCACCUACGGCUACAGCGCGCCGAUUGUGUCCCACGGCUACGGCGCGCCGAUAGCACCCGCGAUUGUGUCCCACGGAUACAGCGCGCCUCUGUACUCGUCGUCGUACCGCGUCGGUUACGCCGGCGGUCUGGGAUACGGCGGCUCCAGCCUGGCAGGAUACGGAGGACUUGGAUACGGAUACGGCGCAGGAUUGGGAUACCGCCGCGGUCUCGCCGCCAGCUACGCCGGCAACGGGUGGUGAAGAUGCGAGCGGUGAAGAUUUGCCCGGUCGUACACUCGACAUGUCGCGAAAUGUCAAGGUGACCCCCCCCCCCCUCCCCUCUCCU